CCCAAAAGUCAAAAUCAAGUACAAUUUCUCUUUGACUUACCUGUUAUCACUUAUCAGAUCUUGAACCUAUAAAUAGAGUGUGACCUUCAGAGUUAAAGAAAAGAAAAGCACCCUACUUCCUUUAGAAAUGGAGCUAAGUUUUAGUAUGAAUACAGUGCUAUGUGUUGUGGGUGUGAUGGUGGUGAUAUAUGGAUGGAGAUUUUUCAACUGGGUCUGGUUGAAACCGAAGAAGAUGGACAAGUUCCUGAGAGAACAAGGUCUGAAUGGAAAUCCAUAUAAAUUUCUAUAUGGAGACAUGAAAGAGAUGGUGCAGAUGACCGCUGAUGCCAAAUUGAAACCCAUAAAUCUCACCGACGAUAUCGUCCCACGUGUCAUGCCAUAUCUUUAUAACUCUUCUAAGACUUAUGGUAAAGGAAAGAAUUUCUAUACAUGGAUGGGCCCACGACCUUUUGUGCACGUAACAGAACCUGCACUAAUACGACGGAUUUUGGCAAAUUAUGCUCGAUUUCAAAAGAUAAAUGGAGGAAAUCCGUUGGCAAAGUUGGUAGCAAGAGGGCUAGCAGAUGUUGAAGCUGAGCAAUGGGCAAAACAUAGAAAGAUUAUCAAUCCUGUAUUCCAUGUCGAAAAGCUUAAGCAUAUGGUACCAGCUUUUUACAUUAGUUGCAGUGAUAUGAUCAACAAAUGGGAAGUAUUAACAAAAGAAAGAUCGUGUGAAGUGGAUGUGUACCCUCAUCUCCAAACAUUUACUAGUGAUGUAAUUUCACGUACAGCAUUUGGUAGUAGCUAUGAAGAAGGAAGAAAGAUAUUUGAACUUCAAAAAGAACAAACAGAGUUAGUUAUGAAGGCUUUACAAUCGUUGUAUAUUCCAGGUUCCCGAUUUUUACCUACAAAGAGUAAUAGAAGGAUGAAGGAGAUUGACAGAGAAGUGAGGGCUACAAUAAACAAAAUUAUUAAUAAACGAAUUACAACAACGAAAGCUGGGAAAAGCAGUAGCGACGAUUUAUUGGGCAUAUUAUUGGAUUCCAAUUACAAAGAAAUCAAACAACAAGGGAACACCAAUUUCGGACUUACUACCGAAGAAGUCAUUCAAGAAUGCAAACUUUUCUAUUUUGCUGGGCAAGAAACUACUGCAAAUUUGCUCGCUUGGACAAUGAUUUUGUUAGCCCAACACACAAAUUGGCAAGAUCGUGCUAGAGAUGAAGUUUUAAAGGUGUUUGGAGACAGAAAACCAGAUAUUGACGGAUUAAAUCGUCUAAAAGUUAUUAAUAUGAUCUUGCAAGAGGUACUUAGGUUAUACCCGGCUGUUAUAGGAUUGGGACGGAUGAUUCAUGAAGAAACUACAUUAGGAAACAUAACCUUACCAGCCGGUUCAUUCCUCCAAUUACAUAUGAUGCUUUUACAUUAUGACAAUGAAAUGUGGGGUGAUGAUGUGAAAGAGUUCAAGCCUGAGAGAUUUGCAGAAGGUGUGUCAAAGGCAACUACGGAACAAGCAUCAUACUUCCCUUUCGGAGGGGGUCCACGUAUAUGUAUCGGCCAAAAUUUUGCUACGCUGGAAGCAAAAUUAGCACUUUGUUAUGAUUUUAAGAGGUUUUUUCCUUUGAGAUUUCUCCAUUGUACGCACAUGCUCCACAUACUAUCCUCACUAUACAACCUCAGCAUGGUGCUCAAUUGAUUAUGCGCAAACUUUAGUGGUUGUUGUAGCAAAACACAAAUAAAUAUAUUAUUAUAUGUUUUCUAUGUUAUUCUCAAUAUACAAUAAGGCAUGAUUUGGAGGUUGUUAAAAAACUUAUCAGAUUGCCAUCAAGAUUUUAUUUUUGGAAAGUACAA